UAUCAAAAUUUCCAGCAAAAGUUGAUGUUCCAGUUAUUCUCCAACGGAAAUUACACAGUAGUUUUAGGGGUUUAGUGGGUUCUUCAACACGGGUCGAAUCAUGUAUCGACCCGACACGGUUUCCCUUAUGAGAUAUUUUAUUACCCGACUAUAUUAUCCGUUCCCGCCACGGAGACAAGAAACCAGAGGAAGCUCUCCGGACACCAGCAGACGAACAAUGACUCUGUGCCUCCUGUCAGUUCGUCCGCCUCCUCCAUUCAUCACCUGCCACGCGUCCCCAUCCGCCGUUCGCACCGUCGCACCUGCUCCGUCACCGUCAGUUUCACCUCCACUUCCAUCACUCUCACUAGACUCCAGCUCAACUCCGCCUUCUCCAAUCCCCUGCGCUCUCCAUUGCCAACACUUCCAAUCGUGCUCCGGGUGUACUCAUGAGUUCAAUCUCCACCGUCCGUCCAUAGUGGACGAGGCUACAGACUUCUUCAAGUCCGUUGGUGUCUCCAAUUUCACAUUUGAUAGCUGUAAGCUGUGGGAAUGGAGGUGCCGAGCAAAAUUAGCAGUUCGUGGUUCAUCUGAGAAUCCUGUUAUAGGGCUUUACCAGGAGGGCACUCAUAAUGCGGUUGAUAUUCCUCACUGUAAAGCUCAUCAUCCAAACAUUAAUGCAGCUGUGGAGUUGCUGAAACAAGGUAUUAGAGAAUUAAACAUUGAACCCUAUGAUGAAGAGGAGGGGACUGCUGAUUUGCGAUAUGUGCAGAUGGCUGUGACCACGUACAAUACAUCGCUUCCUGCCUCCCAAAGAUAUAGAAAUGGGAAAGUACAGGUUUCUUUAGUUUGGAAUUCAAGAAAUGAAAAGGCACCCAAUUCAGAAAAAUUGCGUGACUUGGCCAAUUUUUUAUGGAGAAAAGGUGGGCCAAGAAGUAAUACCCAUUUGAUUCACUCUGUUUGGGCUAACUUUCAGACCUCAACUAACAAUAUAAUUUUUGGGAAUAGGUGGAGGCAUCUUAUGGGAGAAAGAGACUUUUGGGAACAUGUUGGAGGAAUUGAUUUUUCUUUGGCUCCAUCCAGUUUUGGCCAAGCAAACACAAGGGCUUUUGAUAUCCUGCUUCGGAAGUUACAUAAGAAUGUCCCUUAUGGAGCAUCUGUUGCUGAUUUGUAUGCCAGAGCUGGUGUUAUUGGAUUAUCAUUAGCUACCACAAGAAAAUGCAGGUCUGUUAAAUGUGUUGAGAUCAACAAAGAAUCAAAACUAUCUUUUGAAAAGACAGUUGACCGGCUGCCAAAUUUUGUAGAUAGCAGAAUCAGUUGGCACCAUGCAGAUGCUUCAAAGGAACCUCUUUCUUGGAUAAUGGGGUCAGAUGUAGUUGUUGUUGAUCCUCCUAGAAAGGGACUGGAUCCAUCUCUUGUUGAGGCAUUACAUUACCUAUCAUCAAUGGAGAAGAAAUCAGAGUCAUCUUCUGAAAGUGCAUCAACAAAGGUCAAAGAUGAAAAGAGACCAUGGAUUUUACGAGCAAGGGAAGCUUCAGUUCAGAUUCGUAGCGAAACAACUCCAGAUGACAAUAAAUCCCUACCCGAAACACUUAUCUACAUAAGUUGUGGAUGGGAAAGUUUUAAAGAGGAUUGCAAGUUGUUGCUGUCUAGAAAGGCAUGGCAUUUAGAGAAAGCCCACGGUUUUAACUUGUUUCCAGGCACCCACAGCAUUGAGAUAUUGGCAGUAUUCAAGAGGGGCAAAGGAGUGGGCUAUAAAAAAAGGAAACCAGGAAAAAAGAAGAAGAAAGCUCUCUGAACAAAGAAUUUGAAACUUGGCUGUAACUUUCAUCUUUCAACAACAUCUAGUAAAACUUGGCAAGGUUUUUGAAAGAAGAGGGAGAAAAACUUAUUAGAAAUUUAUAACUCACAGAUAUCAUCCAAGGCCAACCCUGUGUUAUUUGUUCUGUUGAGAAAAAGAAAUUUUGUCCAUAGACUGAAAUUUGUGUAAAAAUAGUUGUUGAAUAAAUACAUUAUUGUGGUUUCUUAUCUAA